AUGCGUGCUGCUAUCUUCGCUGCUGUUGCUUUCUCGGCUCUUGUCGCCGCUGAUGAUACUGCCAACCCUUUCGAUAACCCUGAGGGUGGUUACACUUUCACCGCUGGCUCUCCCACUACUCUGACAUGGGACCCUACCACCAGUGGCACUAUUGACCUGCGUCUGCAGUGGGACACAGUGACCACCCCAGAGACCGGUGAAUCCAUUGUCUCCGACUAUGAUAACACUGGCUCAUACACCUGGGAUGUUCCUUCCGAUCUAGUUGCGGGUCGCGAAUACACCGUUGAGAUCUUGGACAGCAGCGACACCAAUGACUACAACUUCCUGCCCUACUUUACCGUUGCAGGUGCUACCGCGUCUGCCUCGGCUACUGCUACCAGUACCUCGAGCUCUUCCACCUCGACUUCGACCUCGACUACUUCCACUUCGACCUCGACCUCGUCGUCUAGCUCAACCACUGCUACUAGCACUUCAACCAGCUCUGCCUCCAGCACUACCCUGAGCACCAAGACUAGCACCAAGACUAGCACCUCUGCCUCCUCCACCAAGGCUUCUAGCACUGCUACCUCAACCUCCUCCAGCUCUUCCUCUUCCAGCGCUAGCUCUACUGCUUCGGAGACUUCUGUCCCCACCGCUAACGCCGGUGGUGUGACCCGUGUCUCCGGUGGUCUGCUUGCCGUCGCUGCCGGUGCUGCCAUGCUUCUGUAA